AUGAAGAUCUGGCGAGCUCACGAUGGCCACGGAUUCGAGGUGGGGAAGCGCAUGGCCGACUUUCAAUCGUGAGUCACUCACCCACUUACGUCUGCUCGUUCGCUCUAGGUCUGAUCGAUGUUUAUCGCGCCCGGUAGCUUCGAUGACCUUCAGGAUGCCCUCUCCCUCGCCACGGGCAUUGCUACCGAUGCUAUGAUCUGCAUGACUGCGGAUGGGGACCACUUGACGCAGGAUGCGAUGCGCCACCUCUCUACGAGCGAAGGGAUCAGCAAGGCGGACGAUGUCGUGAGUUGUUUUUCUUUGUGCUGUGCGGUGCAGCUUUCCUCGUGCUGGGCUGUUCAAGUGCUGAUCGUCACCAACAAAUAUUGCACUUUGACAAAAGGAGUUUUUCGUGUACAAUCGCGACUUUCUCUUUGCGGAUCUCGAUGCCCUGCAGCAAGAGCUGGCAUUGCCAAUCACUCUCCACGCUCCUGUGGCUGGUGAGUAUGGCGCAUAAGUCGGAUGCUUGCGAGGACAGUCAUUCACCAGCCCAUCCCCCACACCUGCACAGAAUUUGAGCUGGCGAGCCCACCCACGCCAAAGUCCUUGGCCUCGCUGCUGGGCUGGUCCACGCAGCUGUUGGCCUGCCUCAACGAGCACACGUCUUCAGCAAGGCUUUUCCAUUCCCAUCUAGCAGCCAUACAGCGAAGCACCCUGGUCGCAUUGUCGAACCUCAACACGCAUUCAGAGACGGUGCGCGGACAUUUUACAAAGGUACAAGAAGCCGCAGAGAAGGAGUUGGAGCGCAUGCGAGGAUUGCUCGAAGGCAAUCAGACGGAUCUGAAAGCGCUAAGUCUGGUGCCCAUCAACCCUCGACUUUUGCCGGGCGAGUCUAGCAAGUCGACGACGGGUGGGAGCAUGAGCAAAGGUGGAAUGAAGGAGAGGACGCUGGCGCAUUAUGUCCACGCGUCCAAGAUGGGCGCAGUGUUCAGCUCGUGCUCAGAGGUGCAUACGGAGCUUCAGCAAAGGCUUGAAGAGGUUCGCGGAUAUGCGGCCCAGCUCGGCGGGGACACGGACGGGCUGCGAGAAGAGGUGGAAGUUACGAAUAUCCAACCGUCGCAGGAGACCCUCGAGGGCGCAGAGCAAGCUUUGCUGCGCGCUGAGGAGGUCAACAGCUAUCUGCUCGAGACGUGCUCCCCGGACGAGCACGGCUGGCCCGUCGCGGAGGCUUUGGCUGCGGACGUCAGUGCUCUGUCACAGGUCGAAAGCAGCGUCGAGGAGCUCAUACUGCUAGACGAAGUGGGGAGAGAAAGCGUAAGACGCCUGACGGCGGACAACAACGAGCUGGUGCAUCGAUCGCUAGAGAUCCUCGGAGAUAUCAGCAGUCUGCAGUCCGAUUACGCUGAUCUGGCAGCUUCCCUCACAGCCUUGGAGCAAGAUCUGCGAAGCAAUAAGACGGAUGGAUUUCGACAUUUGGCCCGGCUCAAGAACAUGGUGUUUGCGUACGGAGCUACCCUAGUGGAGGUGGUGCGCCGACGAGAGUUUGCAGCGCACUUCAUGGCAAAAGCUCAUGCUGUCGCUGAGCUCAUGGCCCGGCUCUCCACCAACGAGCGCAAGCGUCGAGAGGAAUAUCGUAGCGAGGUCAUGGGCCUGCUGCCGUGGGAAGUAAAAGGUCUGGAAGAAGCCCCCUUAAGUUUGGAGAUCUCGACAUCUAAAGGAGAUAGCGCCUUGGCGGAUCUCAGUCGAGAUGAUGUGCGUCUUUUCUUGACGACCCUCGACGAUGUCGAGAUCGCAAUUCAGGCCGAGUCUGCAUCUCGGGAGCAGGCCGCCGCCCUCAGCAGGCCCAUGCAGAUAGUCAAGGAAGCCCUCAACCAGCUCUUGACGCGGCUCGACGAGACUGAAGACGAUUUCAGCGCACUGGUCGAAGCUGGGCUUUUGGGUCGAGGUAAGAGCAGUGAAGAUGGCGACUCCGAGUACUCCGACCCGCAGGCCAAUGGGGCGCCCCAAACUAGAAAUCGGAAUGGAGCAGCCGACUCCAAGGCGAAAGCGGCGCUAGAAGAAGCCCAACAAAGAGCUGGCAGAUUAGAACACGAAUUGAUUGAAGCGCGAAAUUUGGCGCAAGAGCGAGAGCGCAUUGAUGCUGAAGCGCACGAUGCUGAAGUGGCAAAGUUGCGCGUGGAAAUGGGGCAAUUGCGCGCCGAGCUGAGGACGAAGAACAGCGAGCUGGGCAAAGAACGAGGUGAACGCCAGGCGAAUGCAAGGGCAGUUGAAAAUCUGAAAGCAGCUGCAGAGACGGAAGCGGCAAGACGUCUGAACAUGGCAGACGAGCUUGGUCGCCUUCGACGAGAUGCAGAAGACGCGAGGCGAGCCGAAGCGGAUGCUCGCGCAGAGGCUAUUGAGGAGAGUGAGCGCGCUACAGAGCUCGAAGCGCAUACUGUAGACCUGCAAUCAGAACUUGAAGAUGCAAAAGCUGCCAGGCUGGAUGCAAGCAACCGCAUUGAAGCUCUCCUGGGCCAGGGCACCACGACUGAGCGCGAGCUGAGCGCGGCGCAAGAGCACAUCGAUGGCUUGGUAUCUCAACUAGCAACGACGCGCGCUGAAAUGCGCGAGGCUCGAGACGCCUUGACAGAAGCGGAGCAGGCGCGGGACAAGGCGCUCCGCUCGUAUCGAGCCGAGGUCGACGGCGACCGAGCCAUUUUGGAGGAGACUCUCAAACGAACACAGACUGAGCUCGAGCGCACCAAGAAAGCUUUGGAACAAAUAGAAGGCGAGAUCUUCGUCCACAAAGAAGCUGCUGAGACUUUGAGAGGCCAGCUUCGCGCUGCAGACGAGACGCACGAGGACACUGUGCGCCAGGCCAUGGAUGCGGAAGUCGCGCGUCGACAUGCCGAGCGGCAGCUUGACACUUUGUUGGCUGGCAGUCGUCCUUUAGUCGCCAAGACUAUACAUUUGAGGAAGUUCAUUCGCUCGAUGCCAGCCUUGUCCUCUUCCAAAUCGAAGAGCUCGGACGGAGUCGCCGUCGACAUCGUCAACGAGGAAAUCGACGAAUCAACAGAGGAUCAACGCCAAAUCGCCAUUGACGCAUUCGAGGCUGUAGCUGCAGAUGCCAACGUAGAAAUUGUGUGCGCAGCCUUGCGCGCUCUGCACCUUGGCAGCACUCAAGGCAACGCCCCCGACGAGGCCAGAGCGAAGCUCGACAGUCUCACCACACUUGUUCGCAAAUGGCAGAAAGCGUAUCGAAACUCCUCCGAAAAGGUUGCGCGUGCCAGCAAUGCUGCAAGAGAAAGAAUCGCAUUCCGCAAUUUCGCGGCGGGCGAUCUCGCUCUCUUCUUGCCCACUCGAAAUGCCGCUUCUAGUGUACGACCGUGGGCUGCCUUCAACAUCUCUUUCCCGCACUACUUCUUGAAUGCUAAAGGUGCGCUCGGCUCUCAGCUGCAGACCAAAGAGUGGAUCGUGGCCCGCAUCACGAACAUUGACGAGCGCAUCGCAUCGAACGCGGUGCGCCAAGGUGAUGACGGAAGCGUCAACAACCCGAUGCAGCUGGCCGAAGGGUCUCGUUUCUACAUGCUAGACGUGGACGGAUGGAGCAACACCAGUUCCAGCUCCGCUGCUGCAUCAGCGAAUGCAGCUGAUGUGGCGCCCGCUUUGCGCACUCGUCGUAGCACUCCCAAUGUUCCCACUGCGCCUCCAUCGAAAGUAGGCGAGAUGGGAGGAAGCGCUGAGCCCCACACGCGACUUCAACGCGCCCUCACAGAUGCGACCGCGAGCUCAAAGGAGACGCGUGCUGACGCCACUCUCGGCGAAACGCAGAGAGCCGUGUCGGGGGGUGCGGGUUGGGAUGUGCCCAACUCCGCAGCAGACGACAUUGGUCUUCCUCCUGAGAGCCCCGAUGUGUCUCUUCGAGACGAUCGAGCGCCUGCUUUGACCUCUGUGGAGAACCAGGUUGACAACAGCGGCGUUGCCGAAACGAGCGCAGCUUCGCAAUCGCGCGCGACAUCUCCGUCUGGCAUCACCCGUGCAUUACGAUCGAGCUCCAGAGCAUCAUCGCCCGAGACUGGAAGAUACAGUGCGAUCUUGGGGGCAAGUGCUCGAACGCAAUGGGCUAGACCUGCUUCGCUGGGCCAAGACCGUGCGCUAGGGCCCAUAGACAGGUCGCUGCCGGAUACUACCGCCCCAGCAUUUGGCAAGCUGAAAGCGCGCAACAGACUCGCAGCUCCUGCCACUCGCUCCACUCCGCACAGUCUGGUAGCAUCGCCCACGUCUGUGAUCGGUGCUGCAUCAGGUCAGAACAGUGCGCCUCUGCGGACAAGCCGUGCUGCCCUCAUCUCGGGCCUGACGAAGGGUGCAGCCAAGGCGCCCACACCAAACCCCUUUUCGCAGAGCCCGGCUGGACCAGGCGUGUGGAAUCAGCCAGAGACUGCGGAUUACUUUGCCAGGCAGCGCAAGCACUCUUUGCUUGGUCAGGGAGUCCGGGCGGAAAGCCUGAGGGCGUCCGGAGAUGAGGGUGCGAGCGCUAUCCAUUCGGCUUCCAAAGACCCAGUCAGUCGCGAAACCGCAGCGCGUCUUCCUCGUUCCACGUCUGCGCGCUCGAACAGAGUCAGCGUAAGCGGCAACUCGCUGAUGUUGGCCCAUCUUGGAAGCUCGACUGUCUCGGUCGGAGUCUCACAAGGUGCAAGUCCGUCUGCAGCAAUCACGACUAUGGACUCUGCUCUUGGCCAGACAGCCAGCAAGUCUCCUGUCAAGCGAGCCACUAGCGUCGCUUCUUCAUCAGCUGGCGGGUCGGGCUACAGCAAGACCGAUUCCCAAUUCAGCCUUGCCGGAGAUACGCACAGCUCCACAGUUGGCAGAUCUGCUGGUCGCCCGUCUAACCCCUCUUCUCCAAGCUUUGCACGUUUGGCGAUGACGUGGGGUAGAAGCAGGGGUGGCCCCCGGACACCAGCACUCAACGACGACGGCGCAUCUGCGAGUGGAAGGUCUUCACAAUCAGGCCGAGAUGCGACCAACAACAUGGAAGCCACCAUCACUGGGGCUCAGACUGUCAGCAGCGGAGGUGGUCAGCGCUCCGAGGCUUCCGAGGCACUUCGAAGAUUUGCUGCCGCUCGUAGAGACACGUCUUAG